AGCUAGCGAUUGCAGUUGUGAAGUCCCGUGACAAAUUUCAUUCGAACUUUCUACAGCCAGGAAAGACUGAUGUUUUCUGUUUCUCUCACUUACUUGACAGACGCGUAUGGACAGCAAGAAACUACACAUUCACUUUGAGGGUUUAGGGACUGUUGUUACAACCAAAACUGGGGAAAUGUUCGCUGUAUUGACAGAUGAAAUGCUGUAGAGCGAAACAUUCUCACUGGACCUACGGAAAUAGAUUAACACCACAUCAAAAUACUGUAAGCAGUGACCCAUGAUGGCAAUGGGCCAGUUGUAUACUUGAAGUCUCAUCUUGAGGAGGACACAUCACUUUAUGACGUUGCACCUUUGAAUGCCGGCAGCCCCUAAGAUGGAGGAGCAACCCAGUCUCCCCAAUGUCAGCAUACCCUGCCACAACGAGCAGAGGGACAAGAAAAAGCGUUACACAGUUUAUAAAGUGAUAGUCAAUGUUGGACAACAAGAAUGGUUUGUCUUCAGGCGUUAUGCAGAGUUUGAUAAACUCUACAACACAUUAAGGAAACAGUUUCCAUCUAUGAACUUGAAAAUUCCUGCCAAGAGGAUAUUUGGGGACAAUUUUGAACCUGAGUUCAUCAAGCAAAGAAGAGCAGGGUUGCAUGAGUUCAUCAAGCGAAUUGUCUCACAUCCUCAGCUUUGCAACCAGCCAGACGUGAGCGCCUUUCUACUGAUGGACAAAAUGCAAAACUUUUCAGAUGCCUCUGAGGACGAAGACGACAAAAACAACUCUACCUCCAGAAACAUUAACCUGGGGCCCUCUGGAAAUCCACAUGCCAAGCCCACAGACUUUGACUUUUUAAAAGUCAUAGGAAAGGGGAGUUUUGGGAAGGUUUUCCUUGCAAAACGAAAACAUGAUGAAAAGUAUUAUGCAGUCAAGGUUUUACAGAAAAAGGUCAUUCUCAACAGAAAAGAGCAAAAGCACAUCAUGGCAGAGCGCAACGUGCUGCUAAAGAAUGUGAAACACCCUUUCCUGGUUGGGCUUCAUUAUUCUUUCCAGACCACAGACAAGUUAUACUUCGUUUUGGAUUUCGUCAAUGGAGGAGAACUUUUCUUCCAUCUUCAAAAAGAGCGGACCUUUCCAGAGCCCAGAGCAAAAUUCUACAUUGCUGAAAUGGCAAGUGCACUGGGAUAUCUGCACUCUCUCAACAUUGUUUACAGAGACUUGAAGCCAGAAAACAUCCUCCUUGACCAUGAAGGGCAUAUCAUUUUGACGGACUUUGGAUUGUGCAAGGAAGGCAUUUCCCAGACAGAUACCACCACUACAUUUUGUGGAACACCUGAGUACUUAGCCCCAGAAGUCCUGAGGAAGCAGCCGUAUGAUAAUACAGUGGACUGGUGGUGUCUGGGGUCAGUGCUGUAUGAAAUGCUCUUCGGCCUGCCGCCGUUCUACAGCAGGGACACACAUGAAAUGUAUGAAAACAUUCUCCACAAACCGUUAGUGAUGCGCCCCGGGGCGUCCAGCACAGCCUGGUCUCUCCUCCAGGGCCUGCUGGAGAAAGACGGCCCACACAGACUGGGGUCCAGGGAUGACUUUAGUGAGAUAAAAGAACACAGCUUCUUCUCCUCCAUCAACUGGGAUGACCUCGAACAGAAGAAGAUCACUCCCCCAUUUAUACCGAAUGUGAGCUCUUACUGUGACAUCACAAACUUCGAUCCUGAGUUCACAGAUGAGAUGGUCCCCAACUCCGUCUGCUGGUCUCAAGACCAUUCCAUAGUCAACGCCAGUGUAAUGGAGGCCGACGACGCCUUUGUGGGCUUCUCUUAUGCCCCAGCUUCUGAUGACUCUUUCCUAUGAAACAUUCCCAAUGAGGUCUUCGAUUGCCUUAACCAUCAUAACUUCUUUUGACUAAAGGGAAGAAUUUAUACAAUGAAUUAACUUGUUCUAUGAAGCCAAAGCAUGCAGCUGAGACAAAACAGCACUUAAAACAGAUUUUGGUUGGAACAAAGUUUGCCAGAAAAUCUUUAUUUUUUAUCAAUUUGUAUUUAUAUA